CUGCACAACCUUCUCAUCGCUGAACCCAAAUCUCAAACUCUCGAGAAAAUCGCGAGAGAAAGCAUUCGAGGAUCAAGAAGGAAGAAGAAAAGAGCGAAGAUCACUUGAGCUUGGGGCGGGUAACAAUGGCAGCGAAGCGGCUUCAUGACGGCUACGGGCAGGACCCUGACCAGCCCAACGACAAGCGUGUCCGCCGCCUGCCGUCCUUCUCGACGGUGAUCCGCGAAGCCAUGAUGGUGAAGCAGCUGCAGAAUCUGUUCGUCGUUCUGGAGCCGCUUUUCCGUAGAGUGGUGCAGGAGGAACUCCAGGCUGGUCUCGACCGCAGUCCGCGUUACAUAGAGAGGUCUUCGCCUGAGACGCCGGCGGCUGAGCAGCCGUUGUGGAAGCUGGCGUUCCGGUACAAGCCACAGCUCCCAAUCUUCACCGGGAGCAAGAUCGAGGACGUGAACGGCAACCCACUGGAGAUCAUCCUCGUCGACGCGGACACCGGCGCGCCGGCGACGUUCCCGCAGACACUGCGCAUCGAGGUCGUCCCGGUCUUGGGUGACUUCCCGCCGGAAGACCGCGAGCACUGGACGGCGGAGGAGUUCCAGCAGAGGGGCAUCGUGAAGGAGCGCUCCGGGAAGCGCCCGCUCCUCACCGGCGACGUCAGCCUCACCAUGCGUGACGGGUGCGUCGCCGUGAACGAGCUCCAGUUCACGGACAACUCCUCCUGGGUCCGGUGCCGCAAGUUCCGCAUCGGCGUCCGCAUCGUGCCGGGCAGCUACGAUGGCCCAAGAAUCGGCGAGGCCAUGACCGAGCCCUUCGUCGUCAGAGACCACCGCGGCGAACUGUACAGGAAGCACUACCCUCCCGUUCUUGGCGACGACGUCUGGAGGCUGGAGAAGAUCGGCAAGGAGGGAGCUUUCCACCGGAAGCUGGCGCAACACCAUAUCAAGAACGUGCAGGAGUUCCUCAGAAUGCUCUCGGUGAAGCCGGACGAGCUGCGCGCGAUUAUGGGCGACGGCAUGACCGAUCGCAUGUGGGACGUGACGACGGGCCACGCCAAGACGUGCGUCCCCGGUGACAAGGUGUACGUGUACAGCACGCAGCACGGCACCAUCUAUGUGAACUCCAUCUUCCAGCUCAUGAAGGUCGAGCUCGCCGGCGCGGAGUGCCCGCUGCACCAGCUGAACAGGGUUCAGAAGAUAUACGUCCAGCAGCUGCUGCUUGAGGCGUACGAGCAGAGGAACAACCUCCACGAGGCCGACGCCAUGGCAACGCUUCCCUGCAACGACGUUCCGCUGCUGCAGGAUGCAACACAGAUCGUGCUCCCGCCGAUAGAAACUCCGGUGUGGAUUCAGAACAGCCAAGACAUCGACUUCCAGGUCGAGAUCCCCCAAGCCGAAUUUGCGCUUCAGUGGACUGGCCAAAUGUACAACAUUUCAGGCUAAGAGCAGUCACUGAUGAACAGCAACUAAAGCAGGGCAAACAUGACAUGAAAAAGGGUUUCAGCAAUAGGGGUGUACAUUAUCCAACACGUACUACUAUGUCCAUUAUGUCCAUGUUUAUGCAAGUCUGCGUCUGUAUAACUUGUGUUCAAGUGACACCAAGAUUAAGGUUAGGUGAACAACAGCUUGAGCGGCCCUCACUGCCUCGCAGAGAAUGUGGCCAUUUUUGGCCAGCAUCGGCGAGAGCAAGAAGAGGCGAACAAGUUCAAGAAAUUCUUUGGUUUAAUUGGUAUCCUUCGUUGUAAUUUUUCCUUUUUGUGCUUAGUCAAGUAGUAGUAGUGUUCUGCUCCCAAGGGUUGCAUUGUAAUGUUGGGCUGUCGCGACAUGGGGGAAGAGAACUUGUGUGAUACCUGCAGAACUUGUGCUAACAAACCGGCAGUUCUGCUCUUUUUAACAUUUUGUUGAAGUUUUGUGUCUGUAACAUCAGAGUCCCAGUAAAUGGAGUACAUAAAUAACCUUUUUGUACACAC